AUGUCUCGCACUAGUCAUUCAUUUCCGCCGGGAACCUUCCGUGUACUGUUCCUAUGGCUUUCACUCCUUAACCUUUUGCUCCCCAUCAGCGCAUCGCCCACGCCCGCUACCUCCGAUCGAAAGCUUGCUAAACGGGUGAAGCAACAGUUCCCUUGGUUUGAUGAUACUUACGAAGGCCGUGCCGACAAGGGAGAAUGGCUGAAGGGUCUUCUGCCCUUGGAUCCCGCAAAAGCGCAAGAAUAUAAUGGUGGAGCGUCGGUUGCCAGCCCGUUCCAGAACCCGGAGGAGGUUUUGGAAUGGGGCUGGACACCGAAUGUCUAUUUCUUCCCAUAUGCGGGCGGUCGAAGGCCCGACUUCGGGAACCUGUUGGACCCUGCAUUCGAGGACACAGCUUUCCCGGUAAACAAAGCGGAAAACACAGUUUGGAAUCUGGUCCACGAUCGGGAAUUCAAGAAAGCAAAUGGCCAAACAGGAUAUCCCACGAUGGCGCAUUACACCAACGUCGUAAACCCGAAGUCUGGUGCAUUCAUUUUCGACUCAAACUACAGCCCUACUUAUGCAAAGAGCACGAAUGGAAAAGGGGAUAUCCCCGACUUAGACACGGCGUCCGAUAUUGCCUACUUCCAGUGGCGAGACGGCUGUCUAUCUGGAGGUGAUGAUCCUAAGAGGCUUAAGGUCAUUUUCCGGUCGCACGUUGUCUAUAACAAGACGUUUCAAAUCGUGAUGGAGGCCUUGCGAAGAGCAAAAUAUACCCAGGUCCCCGAAUGGGACCAACGAAUUACAUUCAAGAUGGAUACCGACGAGGGUCUUGCUAUCCUGGGAAGCACCCACGGCGCUUCAACAGCCUGGAUGCUUAUUCAGCACAAGGAGGAGCUUGGGUUGAAGGAUAUUACGGAAGUGGUGGUUUGGGCAGCGAACGGAGCCUUCCCGUUGACGCGAAACCCAAAUUUGGCCAAUCUGAACUUGAGGUUUACGAUCGUCGACGUUUAG